AUGUCUUCGUCUGAGGACUUCAUUGACUUCGACAUCAUCGAGACCCAUAAGGAAAAUAUUCAGCCUCUCGCCAGUGGCCGGUCCGCCAAAGCACUUUUUUCAACGUUUGCCCCUAGCUUGCGACCGCCAGCAUCAACACCAGGAGACACAAGAACACUCAAUGACGCUAUUCGAGAAGAAUAUGAAAUAGAAUUGAGGUCAAGUCAUGACUCUGAUGAUCCGCUCGACGUUUAUGACCGCUAUGUAAAAUGGACACUGGGCGCAUACCCUUCAGCGCAAGCGACGUCAGAAUCUCAGCUUCGACCCCUGCUUGAGCGUGCGACGAAAACUUUCCGGUCUGUAGCUCAUUACAAGAACGAUCCCAGAUACCUGAAAUUAUGGCUCCACUACAUCCGCUUCUUCUCCGACGCGCCUCGCGAAACAUUCGUGUAUUUAUCCAGGCAUAGUAUCGGGGAAAGUCUUGCUUUGUUCUACGAGGAGUUUGCGACAUGGUUCGAGGGGGCCGGGAGGUGGCAGCAGGCUCAGGAGGUUUUUCAAUUGGGCAUUGACCGAGAGGCUAGACCUACUGAACGUUUAGUCCGCAAAUUCGAAGAAUUCAAGCACAGAUUUGAAGCCCGUGUAUCCACGGGAGCCGAACCGUCUUCUCCCGCCGUACCCACAGUGCGGCCAGCGUUGGCAGCGAAAGUUGACCCCUUUGCACCUUCCACACCCCAAGGGGCAAAUCCGCAGGCAGCAAGACCUACAGGCACUGGAGGUCCAUCGAUAUCCAAGGGCGGAAAGCCAAAACUUGCGAUUUUCAGUGAUGCCGAAGGUUCAGCUGCACAACACCAGCCUUCUUUGGGUGGGAACACAGGAGGCUGGGACAGCAUUGGUACGUUCCAGGAAAGAAGGAGGGAGAACGCGGUCGAGCCCAAACCCUGGGCAGGAGAAAUUUUGAAGACAGGGAAGAAGUCAACUGGACCUCCGAAGAUGACAAUUUGGAAGGAUGGGUCUAGAUCUCUUGAAAGUAGCAAAAGUCAAAGGCAUUCCCCCGCAGAUACAUGUUACUCGCAAAUCCAACAUCCUGGUUCCAGCAAAAUUGAAAGAACGUUCGUUGUUGCUACUGCGAUUUACCCACAAGGUUUCGACCGUCCUGAUUGUGAGAUGAGUAUCGAAGAGCUCAGGGCAAAGGCUCGAGGGUGGCUAGAUCGUACCUGGAAUGACCGGAAUGAGCAGACCAAGUCUCCGAGUAUAGAAUGUCGCAGCGUCAAGGUUAGAGAUUCUGCAACUGUCGAAGAUCGUACAAAGCGGGAGCAUCUGAUGCCCACACAGACUAGCCAUGUCACCCCAAUUAGCCCGAAAGAUGCGCCUGAGAUAACUAUAGCUAUAGAGAUUGAUAAAGCAGGUAGAGGUGCACGACCAAAGCGAGUGAAGGUCAAGGAGAUUAAAGAGAAGACGCAAACAGUCAGAAUUAAUCUGGACUCACCAGCAGGCCCUAAAUUGCGACGGAAACCCUCUUCUGAGCCCACCAUGACUCUCCAUACAAGAGCAGCAACUGACGACAUAUUGGAUAUCUUCAAUCAGCCACUUCGCAAUGUUGACCCCAUGGCAGGUCCAACGGAUAGUGAUAGUGAGACUGACCUCGAUGACGAUGACGACUAUACCAGUGCAGGUGAGAGUACUGGGACUGGCAGAAUAUCUAGCACAAGCGAGUUCGGGGACACCGAGCGCAGUGUCAAGACGACAGUAGAUUCAGAUGACCCACCAGAAAGUGUAAGUCCCUGGUCUGAUUUUACUGCCAGCAAGCACGUCCCUCAAGCGAUCGAGGACGGCACUCAGACGGAGGUGUCCUUGGGAAGUGCUGAAAGGGGCGUCAUUGCUGAGUGCGAUGUUUCUCAACGUGCGUUGAGUACCGAGGGAACUGAAGAAGAUGAAUCUGAAAAGCUACCUAGCCAUCAUGUAGGCAAUGAGGGACCACGAACCAAGUACAUCCCACUCCCUCCUGAAGAUUAUGAGCCUCCAGCGAAAUUGUCUAGGGACCCUGCAGUAAUUGCGCAGACUCGCCUACCGUUCAUGACCCCUAUUCUAGAAAGGACAGAAACGUCCAUCGGUGCAGUCUCAACCCAGACCGAGAAAGAUUACUUCAACUCGAGAACUCCUUGCAGAAACAACAUCCCUAAUUAUACAUCGUCGGAGCUAGAUGCCCUCAACAGCCCGUUUCAGGACGUCCUAGACGAGCAUAUUGGCCAAAAGGUCAGACAGCUGCAGCAAUUGAAGGCUCCGUCUUCGAAGGUCGUCGAACUCCAUGUUGAGGGACCAAUAAUCAAAGACCCGCAGUGUAAUCCAGUCGAUGAUAGCAUACGACAAAUCAUCCUAAAUAGCGCUGUUUCAAGUCUUAGAUCUUGUGAAAGCUUUCAUGAUCAUCGGCAAGAAAUCCUCAAUAAAGGUGCUGAAAUUCGAAAAUUCAUAAAGUCGCUUUCCAGGAGCAAGUCGUCAGACCGAACCGCUUCGGUCUUCCUGCCGCCGACGCUUCGGUUUCCAGGAAAUCCGGCCAAAAGUUACACAAUCCGGCGAGAGCUUGGCAAAGGUGCUUUCGCACCUGUCUAUCUGGCCGAGCAGCAAUCGUUGACGGGCGAUGAUGAGUCAACAACGCUUGUAGCGAUCAAAUCCGAGGACCCUCCCACUGCCUGGGAAUUUCACAUAAUGAACUCACUUCGCUCAAAGCUAUCCGUUGAUCACCCUGCAUUGGCCUCUUUAUUGCAGCCUUCCUGCCUCCAUCUUUUCAAGGAUGAAGGGUACUUGAUCGAAGAAUACAUAGACCAAGGUACUCUUCUCGAUCUCGUCAAUCUCGCCAAGUCCGACCCAAUAUCUGGCCAAAGCAUGCUAGACGAGAGCAUUGCCAUGUUCUUCACGAUCGAAUUGCUUCGAACAGUAGAAGCUAUGCAUAGCAUUGGAAUUUUACACGGUGACCUCAAAGCGGAUAAUUGCUUGGUUCGCCUUUGUUCAAUAACAAACAAGGAAGAAGAUUGGGACGCGCAGUAUCAAUCAAACGGUAGUGGCGGCUGGUCUUCCCGAGGUCUCACACUGAUCGAUUUCGGUCGCUCGAUUGAUAUGACUGCUUUUCGGUCUGAUGUGCAAUUCAUUGCCGAUUGGAAGACGGGGAAACAAGAUUGUGUCGAGAUGCGUGAGCUAAGACCCUGGACUUACCAAGUCGAUUAUUUCGGGAUUGCAGGCGUUGUGCACUCCCUUCUCUUUGGUAAAUAUAUUGAAGAUAUGGCAAUUGAGACAAAGGGGGUCACUGGGUUGGGAGAAAGGAGGAAGUACAAGAUCCGUGAAGGAUUCAAGAGAUACUGGCAGACGGAUUUAUGGGCAAAGCUGUUUGAUCUAUCACUGAACCCCUUAUGUCACCUUGAUGCAGAAGAAAGGGAGAAGAUGCCUUGUACGAAGGGUCUGAAAGAGGUCAGAGGUGAAAUGGAACGAUGGUUGAUUGGUGAAGGAGGGAGGAGAAAUGGGGGUUUGAAGAACGGGCUGCUGCGCUUAGAGGGAAGAAUAAGAGAGAGAAAGACGCGGUAG